UUCACCUACAUACCUCCCUCUUUCUACGCAAAUCCCCUCGGAAACCUUCACGGUGCAGCACACUCUCUCAUCUACGAUAAUUGCACCACCCUAGCCCUCGCCGCCAUCGCUACACCAGGAUUUUGGAUGUUGGGUGGGGUGAGCAGGGUACUGGAUGUCAAAUAUGUGAGAGGACUUAAAGUGGGCGAGGAGGUGACGGUGGAGUGUGAAGUCGUGCAUGUGGGGAGGCAGGCGGCGGCGUUGAGGGGGGUUAUUAAGGAUAAGGAUGGGAGGGUUGCGAGUACGUGUGAGCAUGACAAGACGAAUAUU